AUUCCAUAACUGUAAUUCAUAGAACAUAACUGUAAAUAACCACUAAAUAAAUAUAUAUAACUGAAAAUAGUAAUAAGAAAAUAUCUUUCUAAUUCUUGGGGUCGUGACAUUAAAAAAACUGGUCAGUUGAAUAGGAUCAUUUUAAAUAUUAACUGGUCAUUUGAACCGGAUCAGCUCACCCAGUUCAACUGGUUGGUUUUUUGCUUCCAAUUUGUUUGGUUAAUCUACUAGUUCCUAAUGGAAUGGGUCGGUUUGGUUUGAUUCACUUAACAUCAAUAACCACUAUUUUUGUUUAUUCAGUAAAAGAGGAAGAGGGGCAAUCAUCAUAGCAACCCUCUCUCGGCAUGACUAUGAGGGCCUUUUCUUGCUAGAGAAUGUCUAGUUUGAGCAUAGCUAUUGCCGGGAAGUUAAAUGGUGCAGAUGGGACUAGGGAAAACUUUGCAAGCCAUUUGUUUUUUGAGCUAUUUGAAAGUGUGUCAAAGGUCACCUGGGCCAUUUUUAUUAUGUCCUCUUAGUGUGACUGAUGGUUGGGUAUCCGAGGUAGCUAAGUUUGCUCCCAAAUUAAGAGUUCUUUGUUAUCUUGGAGAUAAGGAUCAUCGACGCAAUUUACGCAGGGAAAUGUAUGACCAUGUAGAAGAGCAGCCCCCAUCGUGCAGUGUACUAUCUUUACCUUUCGAUCUACUAUUGACUACGUACGACAUAGUAUUAAUGGACCAGGAUUUUCUUUCUCAAAUUCCAUGGCUUUAUGCAAUUGUGGAUGAAGCUCAGAGGCUAAAAAAUCCUUCUAGUGUGUUAUAUAAUGUCCUCAGAGAGCGGUUUGUCAUACCAAGACGAUUGCUGAUGACUGGAACACCUAUUCAGAACAACCUUACUGAACUUUGGGCUUUGAUGCAUUUUUGCAUGCCUUCAAUAUUUGGAACAUUGGAGUACUUCCUUUCUACAUUCAAGGAAGCUCGAGAUCCUAUAUUGGGUCAUGCUGCUGCUGAAGUUAAGGAAGCAUUUAGGAUGUUGAGAUAUAUAUUGGGAGCUUUUAUGCUACGAAGAACUAAAUUUAAGCUUAUCGACUCUGGAACUCUUGUAUUGCCACCUCUUACUGAGGUUACGGUGAUGGCACCCUUGGUGGGCUUGCAAAAGAAGGUCUACAUGUCCAUAUUGAGGAAGGAGCUUCCUACACUUCUUGCAUUUGCUUCUGGAGCUUCUAAUAAUCAUUCUUUGCAGAAUAUUGUAAUACAGUUACGUAAAACAUGUAGUCAUCCCUACCUCUUUCCUGGUAUUGAGCCUGAGCCUUAUGAAGAGGGCGAACACCUGGUUCAGGCUAGUGGUAAACUUAUAAUCUUGGACCUGGUGCUUCAGAAGCUUCGUCAUUCUGGACAUCGUGUCCUUUUAUUUGCUCAAAUGACUCGUACACUUGACAUAUUGCAGGAUUUCUUGGAGUUGAGGAAAUAUUCUUAUGAGCGUUUGGAUGGAUCAAUUCGGGCAGAGGAACGCUUUGCAGCAAUAAGAAGUUUCAGCCAGCAGUCAGUUCAAGGGGAUUUUAAGUCUGAAGCUGAUCAAAGUAGUGCAUUUGUCUUUAUGAUUUCAACAAGAGCUGGAGGAGUUGGCUUGAACCUUGUCGCAGCUGAUACAGUUAUCUUUUAUGAGCAAGACUGGAAUCCUCAGGUGGAUAAGCAGGCUCUUCAACGGGCACAUCGGAUUGGUCAGAUGAAUCAUGUCCUAUCUAUUAACUUAGUUGCUGGACGCACAGUUGAGGAGGUUAUUAUGCGGAGAGCAGAGAAAAAGUUGCAGCUAAGCCAUAUUGUUGUAGGAGAGGAUGCCAUGGAUGAGGAAGAGAAAAGCAGAGCAGGUGCUGAGGCUGGUGACUUGCGAUCUGUCAUAUUUGGUCUGCAUAUGUUUGAUCCUGAUGAGAUGAAUGAUAAACAGUCAGAGCAGUUAAAUGUUUAUGAAUUGAAUAAUAUUGCUGAAAGGGUGAUUGCAUUGCGGAACAAGCAACAAUCAGAUGAGGAUGAUAGGAAGUUCAAAGUUGAUCCAAUAGAUAUGGUAGACGGGCAUGACCUUGCAAAAGAAGAUCCUACUUCUGUUGCUUAUCCUGGUUUUGAUGAAGCAUCAUAUCUCUCUUGGGUUGAGAAAUUUAAAGAAUCAUCACAGUUAAAUGAUAGUGGGAUCUUAGAGUUGGGAAAUAGAAGAAACUGGGAUGAGGAAAAGCGUCAAAGAGCUGAGGCCUUGAGAAAGAAGGUAGAGGAAAAGAAGUUGUCGAAGUGGAAAGCUCAUGGAUACCAUUCUCUAUCUGUGAAGGAUCCUAUCUGUCCUAACUGCGAUGGGAUGUUGGAUUCGGGUUCUAUUAAUUACGUUUAUGGAGACUGUACACAUCCAUCAAAAAUGUGUCCCUCAGUUCCUGCAAUCAUACUCAGCUGUGUUGAUAACUCUGGGAACUGGGGUCAUGGAGGCAUGUUUGAUGCCCUGGCAAAACUUUCAACCAGUGUCCCGGGUGUGUAUCAUCAAGCUUCUGAAUUUAAGGACCUGGACCUUGGUGACCUUCAUCUUAUAGAAAUCAAAGAGGGAUCUGAUGAGAGAACCAUUGGCAAGGCUCCUCUAUGGGUGGCAUUGGCAGUUGUACAAUCUUACAAUCCCAAGCGUAAAGUCCGUCGGAGCAAUAUCUCUAUUCCUGAUUUGGAGAUUUGCUUAUCAAAAGCAUCAUCCUCAGCCGCACAAAAUUCUGCUUCAAUCCACAUGCCAAGAAUUGGGUAUCAAGUUGGAUCAGAUCGGUCAGAAUGGUACACAGUUGAGCGACUUCUGCGGAAAUAUGCUGCAUUAUAUGGCAUAAAGAUUUUUGUGUAUUAUCACCAGCGUUCAUCCUGAGGCCAGUGGCAGGACAGAAGGGUGUAUAUGUCAAUUGCCAACAGUUGAUCAUGGUAUUCCACCCAUCCUUCAAUGCUUGUGGAUAUAUGUGCCUUUGCUUUGCCUUUGAUCACUUCCACCGAGCAGGUUGCUGCUUCUGGUGUAGUGCCGCCUUUCCUCCGUGGACGGUGAGUUGGUUUCCUCAUGGAAACGUAUAAUAGUCAAUGUGUCACCAAUCUUUGUUACUUGCUUUUGAUCCUGAUUGUGCAACACUGGCAAAAUUCCGAGAAAUCAAAGUAAUCUAAGUUCAUCGAAUCGCGCUUAUAAUAUAACUGCU